CAAUAAUAAAAGGGACUGAGGGAGAGUUUUUAGAGUAUCCACGUUGGAUAGAAAAAUUGGCCAAUCAGAGACUCUUUUUUUGACACGUCAUUAUGACUGCUUCGUAUGGGCUUAAUUGUUCAGAUUUCGUAUGGGCUGUAUUGUUUCGUAUGGGCUUUAUUGUUCAGGUUAUCAUGCCCACAAAUCUGAUCUCUCUUCCAGCGUCGAAAGCUUUCCUCCGACUCUUCCACCUCCGACUUUUCCACUUCAUCUUCUCCAACGCCUGCCUUUUUUCCCACUACGUUCUCAAUCAAUUACACUGUUAAAGAUGGUCUUCGAUGUUGUGAUCCAUCUCCCCCUUUACUUCUCUUAUAUAUAGCUCUAUCCCUAAACCUAAUUCUACCAUAAAUAAAAAACCUACUCUGCAAAAAAAAAAAAAAAAAAAAUCUAUGGCAAUGAAAUCCGCCGUAAAGUCUCAGCUUACCACCGGAAAAGCUCCCCUCGCCAUGUAUUUCAAUGACAUUUCUCCAGGACUAUCAGAGUCACAGCUCCGAUUUCGAGUAAUCCACUUUUGGGAGGCAAAAAAUAUAGCGAAUGGGACCCUCAUUGGGAUAGAGCUCUUGCUCAUCGACGAACAUGUAUAGGUUCUAAUCUUCAACUUUCAUUCCAUUGUAUUAUAAACCACCAUCCUUAACUUGAAUUAUUUCAACUCCUGCAGGGGACUGUGAUGCAAGGAUUCAUUUCCUCUUCUCGUGCUCCAACAUACCUGCCUCAUCUGAAAGCAGGAGCAAUUUACACCCUUCAGAAUUUUUUGGCUGCCACAAGCAAGGAGAUUUACCGCGUCGCUGAUCAGAAUUUAAACACUUUCAUUCUCGAACGGCUCUGUUCUUGCUCCUCUCGACGACAUCCCCGUCUCCGUCUCUUUUCCAACCGACAGGUUCAGGUUCCACACACAUGAGGAUUUCCAAGCUCACCGUGGUCUCAGGGGCGAUCUCUACGAUGUCGUUGGCCACUUGAGGCUGGUGAAUGGUCAGUCUCUCAUUGACCGCCCCGUCCUUGACGAAGCCGAAGUAAUCAGCACGCGUCGUAUUUUGGUUCAUUUGCAAUCAAAAGAGUAUGUGUUUCAUUCGUUAUAAUUUUAGCUCGCUGUCAUCUCCAAAUACAUGUUUAGUAUUGUUUCAUGUUUUAUUUUAUAUGAGAUUAGUAAUAUGAUCGCUUUUUGUUAUUGAUUUCAAUAUAUCUGAAUCAUAUAGAUAUAAACAUAUAUUCAUACGUUGUGUUUUACAAAAUAAAUCAGCUAAGUUGUUUUAGUUUGGUGAUAAAAUAAAGGUUAUAUAUUGGGCUGACGCCCUAAUGCACUGCAAAACUUACUCGGUAGGACAGCUUAUUAAAUCUUUCUCUGUUUUAAAUAUACUUUUACAGUGGACCUGUUAUGAAGCUCUACCUUUGGGACCAGACUGCAAAGGACUUUUACAAGAAAUUCACAUCCAGUGAGGACACUCCCACCGUUCUUUUGGUCACGACCGUUAACCCAAAAGUUAUAGCAGGUAAUCAGUUACUCCCUUAUCAUCACCGAACAAAAAAAAAAAUUAAUCCCUAUCAUCACCGAACCACUGAUAAUACAAACGUUAAUGUUUUGCCAUGCUGUUUGUCUUCGGUCUCUACUGUUUGCUUAUCAAGUUAUCAAACACGUUUGUGAUCCAAUAUAAUUAAAAUAACCUGGGUCAAUUUUCUCAGGUUUAUGAUCCAUCCUUUAUCAAUUACACUUUCAUUAAAAUGUGAAUGCUUGAUUGUUUCAGAAAGCAUUAGGUUGCGUUCGUUUGCUGUUGUGUUACAUUGAGUUGAGCUGUGAUAUGUGGUCAUCUUCACUUUCCGAACUUUCAGACAUGCAUGCGUGUGUUUUAAUGUGUUAACCACAAGAACAUGUAAUUUAGCUCUCAGUUCGAUGGCCUCCUCCCGUGUCUUUAUUGACAAAGAUAUCCAGCCCACGAUUGAUUACUUCAGCUGGUUGGGUUCUAACCCAGAGAUUGCAAAGCGGGUAAAUGCAGAUGAGGUUACUAGGUCUGAGACAAUGACAAUUGGGCAGAUCUAUGCUUACAUCAAGCAGGAAAAUGCCAAGGAAGCUUCUUUCGACUGCAUAGCCACAAUUGAUGAUGUUAAGCGUGACAGUGCAUGGUACUAUAUUGGCUGCAGCGGUUGUCAAACAAAGGCCACCAGAGGUCCUUCUUCGUUAAUGUGCGCCAAGUGCGGCAAAACUAAUGUGUCUGGUGUAGCGAAGUAUCUCGCAAAGAUCUCUGUCUAUGAAAAAAAUGACCAGGCUGUUUUUGUCCUAUUUGGUGAUGCAGGAAGUGAGUUGACAGGAAAGCAUCCGGCAGAAUUGGUUAACAACUACUUUGAGGUACCUAGCCAUCAACUCAAACCCCCUCCCAGUUCAUCUAAAACUAACUUUAUUCUUCCUCGAAUGUUUUAGGCUAAUCAAGACCUUGGUGCUGGCCAUCAAAUGCCUGUCCCCCAAGCAUUAAUCGACACCAUUGGCCAAACACAUAAGUUCAGGGUCAACGUGUCUAAGCUCAACUUGACAGGCAAGAUUCAGGCCAUAACCGUUACGAAGAUUGUCUCACCAGAGGUUCUGCCACCUGUGCCACUCAUUUCAUACAUGCUAAGUGGUCGCCCUUUUUAUUUCAGUUUGAGUUAAGACUAUGCUUUUUUUGGUUAUUUUAGACUUUGCUUCUACAGAACAACUUCGUUUUUUUUUGUAAUGCCUACUGUCCUUCAGAUGAGUCUAUACAAUUGAGGCAACACCCCUUCUCUGAUCAAUUAGAUACAUAACACGGACAUAUCUUGCCUUGCUAAUGUCAACACUAACGCAAUCAAAGUUUUAAAAUACAAUUCAAGUUUGAAUAAACUAAGCGAUAUAACAUUAAAGCAAUGUUAAAAAUAUAUCACCGACCAAAAAAACAUUAAAGCAAUGUUAAAAAUAUAUAUCGCCUACCAAAAAACAAUUUACGCUCACCUCCAAAUAAAAAAUAGAAACAUAAUAUUUUACAAAUCCUAAUGUACCAUAAAUAUUCCACCAUUAUACGAACGUGAUUGACGGCAUAAAUUUUGCACCCAAACAUUAAGUCAAACCCAAUUGUUUUUGAUAAA